UCAACCCAAAGAAAGAGAUCAAAGAGAAAGUAAGAAAAGAUCACUCUUUUUCCCUCGUCAAUUGUCGUGUUUGCUUACGAGAAAUGUUCGGAUCACCCCACAUUUUCCUUUACCCAAUUGAUCAUACAAAGGAAAAAACCGAAAUCAAAAAAGAAAUUUCCACAUCAAUUUGAACUAACAUUUUGGAAAAAAAUGAGUUCUGGGGAGCUUCUCAGCGUCGUACCACUGGAAUUGAAAUUCCCAUUUCAAGUAAAUAGGCAGAUCUGUUGCUUCAUUCAAGCUUCGAAUCAAACUGAUAAUCAUGUGGCUUUCAAGGUUAAGACGACAAAUCCCAAGAAAUAUUGCGUCAGACCAAACACAGGAAUUAUAUUGCCCCGUUCAUCAUGCGAAAUCAAUGUCACAAUGCAAGCACAAAGGGAGGCUCCCAUUGAUAUGCAAUGCAAGGAUAAGUUUUUGCUUCAGAGUAUUGUGACGAGCCCCGACACAAAUCCUAAAGAUAUCACUCCAGAAAUGUUUACCAAGGAGCAAGGUCAUGUUGAAGAAUGUAAGUUGAAAGUGGUUUACAUUGCACCACCUCAAUCAUCCUCUGAUGCAGAUGGAUCAGAAGAGGGUUCACAAAAGUACAGAAUGGUGGAUAAUUCGACUGAGGCACAAUCUCUUAUUUCCAAACUUACGGAGGAGAAAGCUAGUGCAAUCCAAAGGAGUAACAAACUCCAGCAAGAAUUGGAACUCUUGAAGCGAGAAAGCAAAAAGGGUGGCAUAUCUCUCGUAAUCGCAAUCCUUAUCGGCUUGCUGGGUAUAGUUCUCGGAUACUUCAUCAAAACGACAAAUGCUACGUAGGAAAGAAGCAUCUGUCGAUUACAUUCAUUUGAACAUUUUUCUCUGGCAAGUACAUUCGUUUCAAUAUUUAUCUUAGUAAGAUACUUUUUGUAGAUCAUUAUUUGGCGGUUAACAUUCAUUGUUAUUUAUUGAAGCUUAAUUAUAGCA